AUGGUCUGUUACCCAAUCGUGAUACAGGGUUUUGUUGAAGGAACAGCUUUACUCGGAGCACUGGUAGACCGACUGUUCUUCGGAUGGCUUGAGGAGAGAAUGGGGCGAAAGAAGGUCUAUGAAAUCACUCUCACGUUGAUGGUCGCGAGGUCAAUUGCUUCGGGCUUCUCCAUCGGCAACUCCCGCGAGUCUGUACUGACGUGCUUAUGCUUUUUCAGGUUCUUGUUAGGGUUUGGUAUUGGCGGGGACUACCCACUCUCUGCAACAAUCAUGUCCGAAUACGCAAAUACCCAGACCAGAGGAGCUUUCAUGGCUGCUGAAUUUGGCAUGCAGGGUCUUGGAAUUGUUGUCGCAAGCAAAGUCGAGAUAUUUGUGAGCCGUUAUUUUAUGAAAGUCUACGCAAACCCAUCGCAGCUGCAGCAGGACUUGGUGUGGAGGAUAAUCCUAAUGUUCGGAGCAUUCCCUGCGGGCUUAACAUGCUAUUGGAGAUUGAAAAUCCCGGAGACAGCACGGUACACGGCACUGGUGACUAGAAAUGGCAGGCAGGCCGUUUUGGAUAUGUCUCGAGUCCUUCAUUUGGAGAUCGAAGAAGAUGAAGAAAGUGUUUCAAGUAUUGAAACCCCACAGCCCAGGUUUGGUUUGUUUUCCAGGGAUUUCAUGAAGUAUCAUGGUCUACAGUUGCUAGGCACAGCAUCCAGUUGGUUUUUCGUGGAUCUUGCAUUCUACAGCAGUAGUUUGUUUCAGACGGAUAUAUACCAAGAUAUGCGAGGGUUGAUACCGUGCUAUCAAAAGAACCCAGUGCGUGAAGUCUUUUACAGUGCAAGAGCGCAAGUGGUGAUUUUCGCGAUGGGAACUCUGCCGGCGUAUCUAUGCACCAUUUUUCUCAUAGAUCGUAUUGGUCUGCUUAGAAUUCAAUUUGUUGGAUUUUUCGUUAUGUCGGCGUUUCUGUUUGCGCUGUCCAUUCCCUACGAUCAAUGGGUUUCUGCUCAUAAACUGCAUAUAGGUUUUCUAGUAAUUUAUUCCCUGACGUUUUUCUUUGUAAACUUUGGCCCCAAUACAACAACUUUCAUCGUGCCGGCCGAGUUAUUUCCUGCUCAACUGCGAUCAACGUGCCAUGGAAUUUCCGCAGCGGCUGGGAAAGCAGGCGCCGUUUUCCCAGGCACCGUAAUUGGAAUGUUAGCCUUCUUAGCAAAAGAAGCUCCGAAUAACUAUGAACCCUUCUCACCAAUACAAGCUCCGAAUAAGUAUGAAGCCUUCUCAACAAUACAAGCUCCGAAUAACCAUAGUCACCACUGCCGAAAGAAAGAUCAUAAAGGGCUUAAGGUGCAACUGAUUAUUCUAGCAGUGGCUGGAUGCUUGGGUUUCUUUUGUACCUUUUUAAUACCAGAAACUAUGCGCAGGUUUCUGGAAGAAAAUGAAAUAGAACCAACUCUAUCUGACUUAGAAGUCGAAUUCGGGCCUGGGUUUGCAUCCAGAGACCAUGCCAGAGACCAUGCCGGAGUUUCAAUAAAGCCAUAG